AUGCACUCUCCUUCCGAGCAAAAGCGCAUCAAAUGCGAGAAAGAAUUUGCAGAGAACACAAUGCGCAAGGGCGAAGGCAGCACCAAGGCCAUCCUUCACGCCGUCAGCAUCCGAUACGGGUCCGACGGCGGCACUUCCAUCGCGACCACCCUCUCCACCACCCUCGGCUACAUCAUCAGCCCGGGCAUCAACGCGCCUGCUCAGCAGCAGACGGGAAGCGCCGACGACGAGCCACCCGAGCAGGAGCACGAUGCGCACCCACGCAAGCGGGAGAUCGUGGAGAAGAUGGCGGAGUUGAUCGCGCAGGCGAAGGCGCUCGGGGAGAUGACGGAGAUGGCGGGUGAGAUGGCGGAUAUGUUGGAGGAGAUGUCAUGGCAAUUGAACGAGACGGCCGCGGAAUUGUUGGAGCUUACGAAGUUGCCUGGUGUUUGA